GAAGGAAUCUUCUUCAUAACUCGACUGAAUUCAAAAAACAAAAAAAAACGGGCCAUCUUCAUUCACACUCCAACUCGGCGAAAAGAUCACCACCCACUGAGCCUUCUCUCGCUCGCUCCGUCGCCUGAGGGUUUACUGUUCCCGUCUUCGGUCAAUUCAUUAUCACUGAGUGGCGAAUUUUCUAUUCUGCUGGAAAAUUUUCCCGGAAAGGGAAAAGACAAGAAGCGCUGUUCAGGAGGGAGGGAAUUAAAAAGCGGAGGGAGGGCUUGAUUAUUAUUAUUUUUAUCGUUCGUGGGCUGUUUCAAUCAUCCACUUUCCAUUGAUUCGGUCGUGGGGAGGAGGCAGCGGGUAAUGGAGCUCUGGAAUUGAAAUGAACGACGGGAAGAAGAAGAAGAAGAGCAAGUUUGAAAUCUGCGAUUCCUUGCCUGCGUAGUCUCACCGUUCGAUUGAAGGAAGAAGGAGACGAGAGAGCAGGAGGCGCGUGGAGGCUACUGACAUGGCGAAGCGAGUGUUCGAAGUCUGGAAAGGAAGUAACUGUUAGAGUUAUUUACUUGUAUGCCUUCCACAGUAGAUAUCAGAAGUUCAUCCUUGGAGGAAGAUUUAUAUUUGGACCAGAUGCUAGAUCACUGAUCUUCACCUUAUCACUCAUCAUUGUUCCAAUUGUGAUAUUUUGUGUAUUUGUCGCAAGGCAUCUGCGUCAUGAAUUUUCACCCUACAAUGCUGGCUAUGCCAUUCUAGUGAUUGCAAUUGUCUUUACCAUCUAUGUUUUGAUUCUUCUGCUUCUGACAUCUGCACGGGACCCUGGUAUUCUCCCCCGUAAUUUGCAUCCACCAGAAGAGGAGUUCCGUUAUGAUUCUUCUGCAUCAGUUGAGGUUGGUGGCAGACAAACACCGGGCCUUCAGUUUCCUAGGACGAAAGAAGUGAUGGUCAACGGGAUUCCUGUUCGAGUCAAAUACUGUGAUACAUGUAUGCUUUAUCGCCCUCCCCGCUGUUCUCACUGUUCCAUCUGUAACAAUUGUGUGGAACGAUUUGACCAUCAUUGCCCUUGGGUGGGCCAAUGCAUAGGACUGCGCAACUACCGUUACUUCUUCAUGUUUGUUUCUUCUGCAACACUUCUGUGCAUCUAUGUGUUCUCCAUAUCGGCCUUUUACAUUAAGGUCUUGAUGGAUGAUAACCGUGCUCCAGUUUGGAGGGCAAUAAAGGACUCUCCAGCAUCAGUCAUACUAAUGAUCUACUGUUUCAUCGCUCUAUGGUUUGUCGGAGGUCUAACAGGUUUCCACUUAUAUCUCAUAGGGACGAAUCAGACAACCUAUGAAAACUUCCGUUACCGGGCAGACAACAGGAUCAACGUCUACAACCUGGGUUGUGUCAACAAUUUCAUGGAAGUAUUUUGUACCAAGGUCAAGCCAUCAAAGAACAACUUCCGUGCUCUGGCACAAGAGGAAGAACCACCACCGAGGCCUGUGGGGCGGCCCACUGUCCGUGAAGAAACCGGAGGAGAAGAAGACUCAGGUGGGGGGAACCCACGUCCCAAGGUCCAGAACGAUCUUGAGAUUGGUGAGGAUUUGCUGAAAAUCUCUCAGCGUCGUAACGUAGAAGAGAUGGAUGAUGAAAUACGCAGCAGAGGGAGCAAUGGUGGGGCUCCACACAACACGUCAGAUGUGGAGUCCGUAUUAAGCCCUGAUCAUCAUCGAGCGGCCACAGUUAGAGACGAGAGAAGACAUUCCAGCUGGGGGAGGAGAAGUGACAGCUGGGAAAUUGCACCAGAGGUUCUGGCCAGCUCAACAGUGACAGAGAGCAGAAGCUUGAGCUCAUUGAAGGAAACGCGACAAUGACAAUGAGUGGGCUAUUUGUUUAAAUGGUAUGGAUGUCUGAUCUCUCCAGGCUAUUUUUCUUUUUAUAUCCCAAUUAAAAUUGGUACAAUUAUGUGGCGGAGGGAGUGGAGAAAGAAGUUUAGGGGUCUCCCCCUGGGUUUUAGGGCUUGUGUCAUAUCUUUUUUUGUGGUGGAUUAACUGCUUCUCUUUUCUGUGCUCUGUUGGGAAGCAGUGGGAAAUAGGGGAAAUGUGCUUCUGUAAUAGUCUCUGAGAAGAAGAUAGGUUGAAUUUGAUUGCCGAAUUUCGCCCUUUGUUUCCCCCUUUACUUUUGGUUUGCUUGCUCUUGUUAUGAUUCUUAGGGAGAAAAACUGACCUUGGGUUUUGGAGAGUCCUGUCCUGUAUUUGGCUGGCUGGCUUUAUUCUUUUGGUGUAUAUAAUGAACUUCCCGGGUGCUUUUUCUAGUUACAAACCUUAAUCUCAAGC